AUGGCUCCCAACGCCCCCACCCGCCCUGAGCUCCAGCAGGCUCUCUACGACAUUGGCAUGCCCAUCCGCCGCAAGGUCUUGGGUAACAGCUACGUCGACAACGCCCUUGCGAACGGUUCUACCGAGUUUGCCAAAGCUAUGCAAGAAUUCACCACGGCAUUCUGCUGGGGUGCUGUUUGGGACCGACCUGGCCUAGAUCGGAAACAACGAUCUCUCAUCAACCUUUCCAUGCUUGCCGCGACUGGCAAGAUCCACGAGCUUGCCGUUCAUACCCGAGGCGCUGUCAACAACGGAGUUUCGGCUACGGAGAUUCGAGAGAUUUUUGUGCAGGUGUGUAUCUACAUGGGUGUCCCGGCGGGUAUGGAGGCAUUCAAGGCCGCUGAGAAGGUCUUGAUCGACAUGAAGGAGGAAGGUGUUGAGGUCAAGCCUUGA